GACCUUGGAGAGCGAAUGGAGGUCACUGCUGUGGCAACGCAAGGAGGAUAUGGGAGCUUUGACUGGGUGACCAGCUAUCUCUUGAUGUUCAGUGAUGGUGGGAGGAACUGGCAGCAGUAUCGGCAAGAAGAAAACAUCUGGGGAUUUCCGGGGAACACGAACGCGGACAGUGUGGUGCACUACAGACUCCAGCUGCCCUUCGAAGCCAGGUUCGUGCGCUUCCUGCCUUCAGCUUGGAACCCUAAGGGCAGGAUUGGGAUGCGGAUCGAAGUGUACGGAUGUGCAUAUAGAACUGAGGUAGUUUAUUUUGAUGGACAAAGUGCUCUGCUGCACAGAUUUGAUAAAGAAUCCACAGCACCAACAAAGGAUACCAUAUCUUUAAAAUUUAAAACAAGGCAGAACAAUGGAAUUAUACUCCACAGAGCAGGACCACAUGGAAAUUACUUCACAUUGGAAUUAAUUAAAGGAAAGCUUGUCUUUUAUCUUAAUCCAGGCAGUGCUCAUGCACACCCUACUUACGCCCCCAUGACCCUCACUCUGGGCAGCCUGUUAGACGACCAGCAUUGGCAUUCUCUUCUCAUCGACAUCCUCAACACACAUGUCACCGUCACUUUGGACAAACACACUCAUCAUUUUCAUGCUAAGGAAUCCGGCUACAUGGACCUUAAUCUUGAGAUCAGCUAUGGAGGGAUUCUAACUCCUGGAGGAACACUGGGAUUCUCACAUAAAAACUUCCAUGGAUGUUUAGAAAAUCUUUAUUAUAAUGGAUUGAAUAUUAUUGAAUUGGCAAAAAAACACAAAGCAGAGAUCUUCACUAUGGGAAGUGUGUCCUUCUCAUGUCCACAACAACCAAUUGUCCCUGUGACAUUCUUAAGCCCCAGGAGUCAUCUGGCUUUAGCAGGCAACUCUGGAGAGCACAAAGUAUCUGUCAGUUUUCAGUUUCAGACAUGGAAUGAGGCAGGUCAACUGCUUUCUGGUGAAUUUUGGCGUGGCUCUGGAAGUUUUGUUCUCUUUCUUAAGGAUGGAAAACUUAAACUGAGUCUCUUCCAGCCAGGACAGUCCUCAAGGAACAUCACUGCAGGUGCUGGACUAAAUGAUGGGCAGUGGCAUUCUGUGUCCUUCUCUGCUAACUCGAGCCACAUGGGUGUGGUGCUGGAUGGUGAGGCAGCUGGGCAGCCCCUGGUGGCUGUGCCAAUUGCUUCAGGCAGUACCUAUCACUUUGGAGGCUGUCCCAACAACAGCUCUGGCUCUGGGUGUGAAAGCCUCCUGGGAGGGCUGCAGGGCUGCCUGAGGCUCAUCUCCAUUGGUGACAGAGUGGUAGAUCUCAUCUUGGUACAGCAGGGGGCGCUGGGAAGUUUCAGCGACCUCCAGAUAGACUCCUGUGGCAUCAUGGACAGGUGUUUGCCCAGCUACUGUGAGCAUGGGAGUUACUGUUCCCAAUCAUGGGACACCUUUUCCUGUGACUGCCAGGGCACGGGUUACACUGGAGCCACCUGCCACUCCUAUGGAACUCCACUGAGCUGGUGGGUUGCAAGAACCAAUGAAACACACUCGUACUGGAGAGGCUCUCUGCCUGGCGCUCACAAGUGUACUUGUGUGUCAGAGGGGAACUGCACUGAUUCCCAGUAUCACGGCAACUGCGAUGCUGACUGGAAUGAAUGGAACAGUGAUACAACUGUCCUUUCCCAUAAGGAGCACCUGCCGGUCCCUCAAAUUGCGAUGACAGACACUAGUCGACCUGAUUCCGCAGCUGCUCAUAUACUGGGGCCUCUGCUCUGCCAGGGGGACAAGUCAUUUUGGAACUCAGCCUCCUUCAACACUGAGACUUCAUACCUGCAUUUCCCUACUUUCCAUGGAGAACUCACUGCUGAUGUGAGUUUCUUUUUUAAGACCACAGUCUCCUCCGGUGUGUUUAUGGAGAACCUGGGGAUCACAGACUUUAUCAGGAUAAAGCUGCACGCUCCCUCAGAAGUGACCCUUUCCUUUGAUGUGGGGAACGGACCUUGUGAGGUCUCGGUGCAGUCACCCACUCCCUUUAAUGACGGCCGGUGGCACCAUGUAAGAGCAGAAAGGAAUGUGAAAGGAGCAUCUCUCCAGGUGGAUCAGCUCCCUCAACAGACACACCCUGCCCCUGCCGACGGGCGCAUCCGCUUGCAGCUCAACAGCCAGCUCUUCAUUGGGGGGACAGCCAGCAGGCAGAGAGGCUUUGUGGGAUGCAUUAGAUCCAUGCAGAUGAACGGGAUGUUCUUGGACCUCGAAGCAAGAGCCACUGUGACUCCAGGAGUAGAGCCUGGGUGUGCAGGACACUGCAGCAGCUAUGGACACCUGUGUCACAAUGGAGGAAGGUGUAGAGAAAAACACAGAGGGAUCACUUGUGACUGUGCCUUUUCUGCAUAUGAUGGACCAUUCUGCUCACAAGAGAUCUCUGCUUAUUUUGAAACUGGCUCCUCAAUGACCUAUAAUUUUCAAGAGCACCCCAUCCUGAGCAAGAACACCAGCUCCCUGACAGCUUCUUCAUUACAAAAGGGUGUAACAUUUUCCAGAGAAACCAUCACGCUGAGCUUCCAGACAACAGGAACCCCAAGCUCACUGCUCUAUGUGAGCUCUUUCUAUGAGGAGUACCUGUCAGUUAUCCUGGCCAAGAAUGGAAGUUUGCAGAUUAGAUACAAGCUAGACAGUCACCAAGAUCCAGAUGCUUUUAACUUUGAUUUUAAAAACAUGGCUAAUGGAUACCUACACCAGCUGAAGAUCAAGAGAAAAGAAGCAGUGGUCUCUGUAGAGGUUAACCAGAGUGCAAAGAGAGAAGUCAUGUUGUCAUCAGGGACAGAAUUCAAUGCUGUCAAAUCCCUGGUACUGGGAAAGGUUUUAGGUGUGAUAGCAGUUGUGAUAUUUAUUUUGCUCUGCAUCUCUGCAAUAGCCAUCCAUAUUUAUCAACAGAGAAAACUGCACAAAGAAAGUGAGUCAAAGGUCUCAAAAACUGAGGAGUGCUAGGACUUCUCUGGAAGUGAGCUCAGUAUCAAAACACAGUGGAAGUCAGAAAGGCUGUCUUCUGAUUGGCAGCUGUUACUGACCCACUAUCAGAUUGUUUGCCAGUGCUG